CUGACACAGGGACUAUCAAGGUUAGGUGCCCCUAAUGAAAAUGAUGACAUCACGGAGUGCAGUGUGAUGCAUGGUUUGUCUAUGGCUGUUGAGGUUCUAUGCGAAUGCAGUGAAAAACAACACGAAUUGCGUACAUCUAUGAUGGAAGAUGCCAGCCUAAUUAAGAAUAGGGGUCGAAUUAUAUGUAUUACAUCGGUGAGAAGCGACAGUCACAUAAAGAUGUUGGAAGAAUACGUACAGGAUUCGAUUGUACAGAAUAACAAACUGGCGGCAGGGUCUGAUAGCCUGAUGCCAAUCACACAUUGUGAGUUUUACUUGGUACAUACAAUGCCACUAGGUGUGGAGAGUACAGUAACUGAAGACAAACAUAAUGUCUCCUCUGUGUUAACAACGUACGUCAACUCAACUAAAUCAGGAAGACAUCUUGCUAACAAAUUACUACAAUUAGCACAGACACAUUAUGAAUUAACCAUGACAACUAUUACUGGAAUUCCCAUGAAG